AUGCGCGUGACGUUGGCGGGCCCGGCAGCGCGUGCGCAGGACGGCAGCUUCGUCGGCACGAAGCGGCUGCGGCGGCUGCGCGAGCAUGAGGACGAGAAGGAGGUGGGCGGCGCAGAGUACGAGACGCGGCUGCGGCGUGUCUUCGAGUCGCUGCACCCGCGGCCAGCCUGGGCCGAGCCUCUGCCGCCAGCCAGCGGGCCUUCUUCGUCUCUCUCGCAGCUUCUCUCGCGCGCCGGCUCGCUCGUAGCCCGGCCGACAGGGCGCAAGCCGCGCACGCUGCCAGCGACCGAGCUCGACGUGCAGCGGGCGCGCGACGCCAACAUGGUGGCGCAGCAGGAGGGCGAGGCAGCGAGCGUCGAGUGCAUGGACUGGCACCCGAGCGCACGCGUGCGCAUCCUCAUGACCGCCAGCCGCGACCGCACAGUGCGGCUAUUCGAGAUCGACGGCAACUCGAAUCCCCUGCUCCAGUCACUUCACGUCCCUUCGCUGCCUCUCACAUACGCCGCCUUCCACCCGAGCGGCUCCUCGGUGCUGCUUGCGGGUCCGCGGCCGUAUCUCUACGCCUACGACCUGCAAUCCGGGCGCGCUCUGCGCUCCACGCCAUGGCGCGGCCUGUCCAACGACGGCAACACGGCCGAGCGCGAUCUCUCAAUGGCGCGCUUCCAGCCUCUCGGCGCCGAGUCAGGGCGGCUGCUGGCGAUCGGCGGCCGGCGCGGCGCAAUCCACCUCCUCGACUGGGGGUCCGGGCAGGGCGGUGCUGGCGCUGGCGCCGGCGCGGCGCUCGUCGGCAGCCUGCGUCUCAACGCGCCGCUCGUGGGUCUCGAGUGGGACCAGACGGCGUCGGCUGCCGGCCGCCGGCUGCUCAGUCUCUCAAAAGAGGGCAGCGUGCACGUAUGGGACACGCGUGCAAUGCGCUGUGCCGUCGAGCGGCGCGAUGCGGGUCUGUUCGGCGCACACGGCCUGGCGCAGAGUCCGAGCGGCGCGCACUGGGCCGUCGGCUCCGAUAGCGGCACUGUCAACGUGUAUGACGCCUUGACGGCCAGUGAGGUGCAGGACAACAAGCCCUGGGCGUCGGUCAAGGAGCUCGGCAACCUCGUCACGCGCACCACGACGCUGUCGUGGAACCAUGACGGCCAGAUGCUAGCUGUGGCGAGCCGCAACAAGAAGGAUGCGCUCAAGCUGGUGCACGCGCCCUCGCUGCGUGUCUUUGCCAACUGGCCGACGGCCGGCACGCCGCUCGGCCACGUCACCGACGUGCGCUUCUCGGGCGCGAGCGAGUAUGCGGCAGUCGCGAACAGCCGCGGCCGCGUGCUGCUCUACUCGCUGCGGCACUACGUGCAAUGA